AUGCCUCUACGAGCAAAGAUCACGAACCCUGCGUUCUUGAAUGGGAGCAUCAAGAAUGACGUACUUUUCGAAUCCAAAUUCGGUACCCGUACCAUCAUCCUCAACAGACCUAAGAAGUUGAACUCUCUCACUGCCUCUAUGGUUUCAAAAAUCACUCCUCGGUUGCAGGAAUGGGAAAAGUCCGAUCUCGCCAAGGUUAUCGUCUUGAAGGGUGCUGGGCGUGCCCUCUGCGCGGGCGGUGAUGUUGUAGCCGUUGCCUCGGAUGUCAAGGACGGGACGCCAGAGGGUUUCAAGAAGGCCACCGAAUACUUUGGUGAUGAAUACAAGCUCGACCACCUCAUUGCAUCAUAUACCAAGCCUUACGUUGCCAUCAUGGAUGGUAUCACGAUGGGCGGAGGCGCCGGUUUAUCCAUGCACGCACCUAUCCGUAUCGCGACCGAGAAAACUCUCUUUGCUAUGCCGGAAACCACUAUCGGAUUCUUCCCUGACGUCGGUGCAUCCUUCUUCUUGUCCCGUCUCGAUGGAAAGUUGGGUACCUACCUUGGAAUGACCAGCGCGCAGCUCAGGGGCUGGGAUGUUGUCAUGGCUGGUAUUGCUACGCACUAUGUUCCUUCUGAGCGUCUCCCGAUGUUGGAGACUCGUUUGGCCGAGCUCGAGACGUCGGACUUGAGCCAGAUCAGCGAGGCGAUCGAUGAUUUCGUUGGCGAGGUGCCUAAGGGAUACCAGUUCGCUCUUUCGGGUGACAUUCGGAAGGCGAUCGACAGGUGCUUCAACUUCAAAUCGGUGACCAAGGUGAUUAAAGCGUUGGAGAAGGAGAACACUGCUUGGGCUCAUGAGACGAUCAGGCUCCUCCGCGAGCGUUCGCCUCGCAGUCUGGCUGUUACUUUAAGGCAGCUGAGAGAGGGUAGCAACUGGGAUAUCGAUGAAGCGUUUAAGCGCGAGUUCAUCAUUGCUUCGAGGUUCGUUCAGACUGAGGACUUCGUUACUGGUGUCGAGACCAAGUUGGUGUUGAAGGAGGGGGGCAGACCAAAUUGGCAGCCUGCAAACAUUGAAGAUGUCGACCAGGACAUUCAGAACUGGUAUUUCGACGUGAAAAUGGACGACCCUGAGCUUGAGUUAUUGCCUCGACCGCGUUCCUGGAUUCCGUAUAAGGGUAUGCCUCAUCAUCGUGCGAAGCACUACCAGGUGGACUUGCCCAACGAGGUGGAGGUUAAGCAGCUGAUCGAGGGAAUGCACCGUGAUGGUGGAGUGAACGCUUGGUUGGCGGAGGAGGUUGUAGAUUUCUUUGUGCAGAACAGGAGAGGCAGGGCCGGUGUGGCGGAGAAGGUUAGGGAUAUCCUUGCGAGAAAGACUAAGCUGAGGGCUGCUGGGGAGAGUGAGCUGUCGACUUUGAUGUGGGUGCAGUGA